CCACUCUCCAUCAAUUACACAGGUGACUCAACAGACAGUGAACAGAAGAGUAGGGCUCUCUGUAGAGAACUGAACUGAGUUGGCCAGGAGUGGACUGAGCUAGACUACAUUGGACGACAGUCUGUGACUAGUUUCGGCUGAGAGAUACACAGGCUUUCUCUAUAACACACACAGUCCAGUGCUCAGCAGGAGGAUGGCUGUGUCAUGUAGGGGGGCUCUGCUCAUGCUUCUAGCCAGUCUUGGAGGUCUGGUCUGGGGGGAGGUGGGUGACUUCACCCCUUGCCUCCGUUUCUUCUACAUGGAGACUCCCCCAAAAGGCAUGGGGGGAGAGGGGUACCAGCCAAUCUGCCAGCGCUACAGGAACCAGUACCACUUUGCCAGCCUGUACCAGCGCCAGCGCCGUGCCACCCUCUACUCUGCCUACAUACUUACCCCUGGAGGAGGCAAACGGCCCAGGAACAAGUGGAUGUAUGAACCACAGUUGGCAUUCUCCGGUGCCAGUCCAGAGAUGCAUAGUUUCCCGCGGCAUGGCUCCGUGGACCAGAACGUGGUGGAGAGCCAGGCGGUGCUCCAGGACUACAACAGCUCCUCCUACACCAAGGGUCACCUCAACCCCAGCCUGCACCACCAGGUCCCAGAGGACCGCCGGGCUACCUUCACCCUCACCAACGUGGUUCCUCAGCGGGCAGCCUCAAACUCUGGCCCCUGGGCUCAGCUGGAGGCUGAGGUGAGGGCCCGGAUGGGUAACUACUGCAUUGGGCCAGCGUAUGUAGUAACAGGGGUGCUGCCAUACCUCUCUGAGCGCUGGAUGGCCAACCGGGUGGCGGUGCCAGAGUACAUGUGGUCUGCCUACUGCUGCCCCUCCUACAACUCUAGUCUCCCCGCCUCACGGAGACCCUACUUCCCAUCAUAUGCCGCUGUGGGCCGCAACGACCCCCAUAGUGGAGGAGAGAUUGUACCGGUGGACCCCCAGGCGAAGGCCUCUGUUCGGGGGUACGAUGUGAGGUGGAUGCCCCUGGACACUGUGGAGACUAUUCUACAGCAGAGACUGGGUGUCCACAUCAGCCUGUUUCACAAUCAAUGUUUGUGAGCAGGUGUGGUAGUUACGUAAUGGGCUGUUG